CCGCACCUGCCUCGGGUGGCGGGUGGGGGGUGCACACGGGAGGUAGAAGGGAAAACAGGGAGGGUUUGAGGAGCACAGCGCAUCGGGGUGAGCAGCCUCGCCCUGGCCUCGGACCCUUGCGACCCUAGCUGAGCGCGCCUGCCCGCAGCUGCCGCACCGAUGCGCUGUCCGCGGUGCUGACGCCGGCCACCCGCUCGGUCGGGAGGGGGAGCAAACGUCCUCGUUCCCGGGUCGCUCGGAGCCCAGGGAUCGCCUCUCCCCGCUUCCCGGUUUCCAAUGGAACCCGCUGCUUCCUGGAGCCGCGGUUCUAUCCAGAGCAAAGGAGUUAGCGAAGGGGGAACUUAAACUUCGGACUAGAGCCCGAGAGCCCAGUGUAGAGGAUUCGCGUCGCGCGGCCCCCAGCCCUGGAGACCUCGGAGCAUCACCAAGUUAAGCAAAGUUUCACCGCGGCUUGAGAUAAGGGAGGGACUCCGGAGGAGAAGCGCAGGGAGGGGCAAGACGAGGUUCCCCGGCGGGGUGGUAGCCAGCACCGCAGUCGGACACCUGCUCCGGUGCCCCGCAUCAGUGCCACGAGAGCCACCGGGAGGCGUCGCAGCAGCCCAACUCUCCACCCCCUCCCUCCCGUCCCUACCCACCCCUCCCCAACACCCCGCCCCGGGCGCCAGUGACUCCGCCUCUCCCUGCCGGGCGGCUCUUCGGCUAGAGCUGAGAAAGGAGCGCUUCCCCGGACUCCGCUCGGCUCCGAGGCUCCGAAGCCGACGCCGCCUGCUCACCUCCGGGGGCGGGAGCAGGACUGCCCGCGCAGCCCGCACAUAGGAGCCGCCGAGCCCGAACGACUCAUGGGACGCCCCCAGGGGCUCUCUCCGUGCCUGGCUGCAGUAUCCCGGUCCUAGGCGCCCGGGCUCCACGGCCCACCCCGCCCGCAGCCCGCGGCCUGUCUGGAGAGGAGUAUGAGGCCCGGGGCCCCGCGAACGCCGGCCACGGGGCGGCAGGGGCCUAGCUGCGGAGCCCCGCGCCCGAGGGCGGCGGGUAAGGAGCCGCGGGAGCCUGCGAGGCGUCGGGGCGCGGAGAGAAGCGCCCCUGCUCGGGCACCCGCUGGGCCGCGGGACUCGCGUGUGGCCUGAGCGCUCGGGAGGAGGCGGAGGCGCCCCUCCGUCCGGGCUCUGGGAAGGCGGCGAGGGGCUCCGCGGCGGCCCCGGACCCCUGGCCACCAUCCUCACGCUCCUGCUCCCGCCGGGGGGAUGUCGCGGCCCGGGCCCCGAGCGCCGCCUCGGCCCCGGGGCUGAGCUCCGGACCAUGUCCUCCCGCAGCCCCCGGCCCCCGCCCCGCCGUAGCCGCCGCCGCCUGCCGCGCCCCUCCUGCUGCUGCUGCUGCUGCCGCCGCUCGCACCUCAACGAGGACACCGGCCGCUUCGUGCUGCUGGCGGCGCUCAUCGGCCUCUACCUGGUGGCGGGUGCUACAGUCUUCUCAGCUCUCGAGAGCCCCGGCGAGGCGGAGGCGCGGGCGCGCUGGGGCGCCACGCUGCGCAACUUCAGCGCUGCGCACGGCGUGGCCGAGCCGGAGCUGCGCGCCUUUCUCCGGCACUACGAGGCCGCGCUGGCCGCCGGCGUCCGCGCCGACGCGCUGCGCCCGCGCUGGGACUUCCCGGGCGCCUUCUACUUCGUGGGCACCGUGGUGUCAACCAUAGGUUUCGGCAUGACCACCCCCGCGACGGUGGGCGGGAAGGCCUUCCUCAUUGCCUACGGACUGUUCGGCUGCGCCGGGACCAUCCUGUUCUUCAACCUCUUCCUGGAGCGCAUCAUCUCGCUGCUGGCCUUCAUCAUGCGAGCCUGCAGGGAGCGCCAGCUGCGCCGAAGCGGCUUGUUGCCCGCCACCUUCCGCCGCGGCUCCGCGCUCUCGGAGGCCGACAGCCUGGCGGGCUGGAAGCCCUCGGUGUACCACGUGCUCCUCAUCCUGGGCCUGUUCGCCGUGCUGCUGUCGUGCUGCGCCUCGGCCAUGUACACCAGCGUGGAAGGCUGGGACUACGUGGACUCGCUCUACUUCUGCUUCGUCACCUUCAGCACCAUCGGCUUCGGGGACCUGGUGAGCAGCCAGCACGCCGCCUACCGGAACCAGGGGCUCUACCGCCUGGGCAACUUCCUCUUCAUCCUGCUCGGCGUGUGCUGCAUCUACUCGCUCUUCAACGUCAUCUCCAUCCUCAUCAAGCAGGUGCUCAACUGGAUGCUGCGCAAGCUGAGCUGCCGCUGCUGCGCGCGCUGCUGCCCGGCGCCCGGCGCGCCCCUGUCCCGGCGCAACGCCAUCACCCCGGGCUCCCGGCUGCGCCGCCGCCUGGCCGCGCUCGGCGCCGACCCCGCGGCCCGCGACAGCGACGCCGAAGGCCGCCGCCUCUCGGGCGAGCUCAUCUCCAUGCGCGACCUCACGGCCUCCAACAAGGUGUCGCUGGCGCUGCUGCAGAAGCAGCUGUCGGAGACUGCCAACGGCUACCCGCGCAGCGUGUGCGUCAACACGCGCCAGAACGGCUUCUCGGGCGGCGUGGGCGCGCUGGGCAUCAUGAACAACCGGCUGGCAGAGACCAGCGCCUCCAGGUAGACCGCCCGUCCGCCCGCCCCGGGGACCCUCUCCAGGCCGCGGGGCCGCCGGGCAUGGUUUGCUUCCCUUCUCUCAGUCACUCCUGGCGCUUUCUUAAUCUUUAUCCAAUAAAAUGAAACAAAAAAAAAUUUUUAAAGAAAUACUAUUUGGCCAGGCCUGAUGUUAUCAAGGGCAGGUUUUGGGGACGCCUGUGUUCCUUAUGAGUCCCCUCUUGGAGAAUCGUGGCCCCCAGCAUAUUCUCCUUCAGGGUGAGAAAAGGUGGCUCCCCAGACUCCCACCCAGGGCAUACCGCAGCAAGGAGAGUUUUGCAGACUGGCACUAAACCCUAUCCCCAUGCACAGAAGCAGCCGGCAACCCCAAAGCAUAUGGUGCAACUUUUCGUGGCUCUGAAUUACCUCCUCAGCAUUUAGAAUCCUGGCCCAGCCUAGCAGCUUCCUUCUGGUCGUCAGAAGUGAUAUAGUCACAGUUUUGACAGGUGGGGGUAGGGAAAGCCAUAUGUUGCCUCCCGAUGUAUAUAUAUAGAACAGCCACUACACACAGAGAAUGGUGUAGUAUUAUGCAAUGAGAUGAAACAUAGCACCAACUUGCGGACUGUGGCGUUUCCCCCAGAUUUGGAAAUUGCAGUGGUGGGGGGCUUAGCUGGCCUUUCUCAGCCCAGAGUUAGUCCAUUUAGGACAGAGCACAGGGCAGCUACUUCUAAUGGCGGGCAGUCCAGGGCACCAGUGGGGAGGGGAGUGCUGAGGCUGCAGGAGCCCUGCUGGGCUUUAGCUGGCUGAUCUCCAGUCUCGAAUCAGCACAUCUUGAAUCCCCAACCGUCCUUUCUGUCACAAGCUCAUCCACAGCAGUGCUUUUCAUUAUUAACCAGGAAUAUCUGAGUCUUCUCAGACUCAAUUUUUCUUUGUUGGUGUGGAUUGUUUUUUCUUAAUUACUGUGGAUCAGUUCAACUUUUCCUCCUUUAAGAGAUCUUGGGGUUGCAGGGCACAGCCCUCCAGCGUCUCCUCCUCCUCUGAAGGAGCUCUGCCAGCUGCGUCCUUGGGAACCAGGGCCUGCAGCACCAGGAACCCAAAAGAAGCCAUCUUGUAAAUUUCAGGGUAUUUGACUCCAGAGGCCAUCAUGUGUUUGGGGUCAGGAAGGACAGAAUUCCUUUCUAAAUAUUGUUUAUCAAGUGGAUUUGUCUUCUCCAUGCACAGCCUAUUGGAGGUAGAGGAAGGCAGAAGGGAGGGAGCUGGUGAAACUGGUGGAUGAAAGUAUGUUAGGAUUAAAGUUUUGCUCUCAGGCUGAGAGAUUCUCCCAGACUUGCCUUCUGCAGCAUAGGGGUCCCUGACCUGGAGGAAGGCCAGAUACCCAGGAUUCAUUGAAAGGAUGAGGGUCUGGAGCUGUAAACAAACACUCUCUCUGCCUAUUUUUCUCAUCUAUGAUGAGGCCAAGGACAGUUUCCAGAGUUUAUACAGGCACAGCGUGACCCACCAGUAUGCACAGCUUCUGAUAGGAAGUCUUAGAAAAGCACCGCCUCACCACCUCCAGCCCGAGCCAUGCUGUGAAAUCUCUCUCCCAGGCAACUGUGCCUGGAAAACACACACAAAACCAUGCAUGCACGCACUCAUGCACACAGCAUUAGAGUCAAACUUGAAUGUCAGACUCUUCUUUCCCCUUUUCUGAGGGAAAGCUUACCUCGCAUCUCAGUGACUCUCCAGCUAAUUUCUGAUUUGAGUUAGGAUUGGUUUUUAAACACAGGCCCUAAUCUGGGGUGAAGCCAGUGAAGCAACGCUGGUGAGGAGGGAGGACGGUCUUGCUAAAUCCUGAAGGGUGGGCUCCUGCGAAAGCCGUGCUUUCAGGAUUCACUGUGACUGUCAGGCUGGCCCAGUGAGCGUCCCCCCAUCCACGCCAUGGUUUCAGUCUCAAUGACGGGACUGCACACUCACAAGGGCAUGUGUUCUCUAGGGCAGGGCCCUCUGACAAGACCUGGAAAUAAAAUCCACAUUUAUCCCUUUAAAAAAGGGAACGAUUAAAAGGCAUCCGAUUAGAGGUGUUACCUAGGCAACAGGAAAUAAAUAACUUGGGGAUCAGAGCUAUCCAGAGAGGAAAAAAGAGAUCCCCAUGAUCAAGGCAUCUAGAUAGUGAGGACUUGAUCUGCGGGCAAAAUAACAACCUACCCACAGGAAGUGAGCCCCGGCAACAGUAUGGCAGCCUAAAACCUAGCCAGCAAGACUUUGUGAGCUAGACAGGCCUAAAGAGACGUCCAGGCACUCCACCAACCAGCGUGCAGGACUACACAGAAUCCUGAUCUCCAAGGGAGGAACCAGGACGCACCUCCAGAGAAGAAAAACUCAAAACGUUUCUUGGCAGUCUUCUCUGUUGGCGGUGCUUCCUAGAGUCUAUCCUACGUUGCUUAUGCUGCAGCCUCAGCUGUUUUUACUUCUUUUCUUAUGCUCUGGUUUUGGAAAGAGGCAAUUGGAGGCAGCUUGAGCAAUCUUCUAAAAGAAUUGUGAGUAUGCUUUCAAUGGACAGGAAAAUGAGACCCUUUCCCUUCCCACCCCACAACUUCCCAGAGAAACACCAGUCCUCUAAGGUACAAUGGCAGCUCAGGAUCCAUGUGGCAUAUGUGUAUUUUUGCCUGUGUUCCCCUGUCCCCAUCCCCCAACUCAGUCUCAGUCACACCGCCAUGAUACAUCACACCAUCAUCCUUCACCUCAGGCCGCAGAGCUCAGUGCCCCCAGAUGCCAGGGGCUGCUUCCCUGAAAAGCUGGGGCUCCCUAGGUCAAGGAACUUAGUGGAAGAUGAGACCCAUGCCUAAAGGGCAUGUGGUUUGAUAUCCUGCUGGAGAGCAGUAAGAAGCAGGGUUGGGGUUCUCCCAUCAUUUCAGGAACAGUGACAUUGAUAGGGAUGCCUUUCCUUGGUGCAGUUUCUUCUGAACCUCAGGCCAAGAAAGAGUUCCAUUCCCUCAGAUGUUGUGGCCUCUCUCACUAUCUUGGGGGUCUCGAGUUGCCCCACCACUGGUAGCUCACUGUAGCCUACAACUUCCUCAGGCUCCAGGAAUUGCUCCUAAUUUAGGCCUGGACUUACUCAUCUCAUGCUGGUACUGUGGGGCCCCCUUAAAGGUGGAAUGAGCUCUAAGAAGCCCUCACCAUCUAGCUAUGGCCAGUAGAAGUCAGAGUCUUGGCAAGCAGCCUCCUCAGAGAUGACUAGAAAGGUAAAGAUGCCACCCUGGGUGUCCUAGCUUGCUAAAGCGAGGUAGUCAGGCCUUUGUGUCCUCUGAACAAAGCAGCACCUCCAGGCCUGGAGAAGACAUCAGAAAUCAGAAGGCUUAGGCAAUCUCAGGCUCUCAUUUUAUGGAAAAUGCCAGACAGCCCUGGGCAUUUGCACAGCAUCAUGCAUACACACACACACACACACACACACACAUACACACAUACAUACACACACACACACACACACACACAUACACACACCAGCCUUACAAAGAGCUACUAGCCCUUUUCCCAAAGGAAAAGUCUCAGUCCGGGCCACUUUAAGAAGAAAGAUCUUCCAUUUUUAACUCCCUAGAGAUGUACCAGGGCCUGGAAAAUCCUCUUUGCUCUGGUGGAGUUUUACGUACAAUUUGCAUGUAUUCGUGUUUCACACAGAAGCCAGCAUCCAAACCCAAGCCAAACCCUGGAAAAUAGCUGCUAAAUGACCCAGGCUCCUCCAUCCUUCAGACAGGCCUCCCAGCAGACCCCCUCUUCCUGUGGGCUCUGGGGUGAACCAAAGGAGAAGCUUCUGGGGAACUGAGGCAGAUGGCAACCCAGCCAGGCAGAGACCAUAGGAGUGAUGGGCCCCAUGGUUCAAUCUUACUGUAACUUUUUACAUUCUUAAAAAACAAAAAGCACAAUUCCACAUGCACACUGUCUGGAAAGCACAGCCAGACAGCCAGCCUAGGGCACUUCUGAAUCCAGAAGAGGCUCUGGGGCUUUGUUUAUCUGUUGCAGGGUUGUUGUAUUGUUGUAUAAUGUGCUGGUGGUGACUCUGAAGGCUCCUCACUUUGUAGGGUGGAGAGGGAGGGAGGGAGGGCCUGCUGAGGCCGUUCCUGACCCCCAGGGUGGGCUCAUCAGUAUGGACUUGGGGCCUGGACUCUUGCCCCUGGAGCAACUCUGGCACCUUCAGGCACCCCAGAGCGCAAUUGCUAUACCCUCCACGCUAGUCUCAUGCAUUGAGGAUUUCUGCAUUUGGACCUGGCCCGAGACCCUCUUCCCCUUCCCCUUCUUCCUUCCCUAAGGAAGCUCCCCCUUGCUUUACAAAUCAUUUUCUAUGCUACCUGUUCUCUCAGGAGGGGGUUAGAGCAUGCGGGACAAGCUGCAGGUUUCUCAAACAAUACAUCUAUUUUUCUGAGCAGCACUCCAAGAGAGGACUUGAAGGGUGUUUAAAUUAACGAUGAAUAAAAUGCAGCCUGCCACCCCUCUGA